AGGAAGAUUGUGUGACUUUGUAUAUGUUAGUGGCCUCCAGGUGACGACUCUCGUCGUUCAACUACGCCCUACUGGUGUCUGACCAUUUGUAUAACCCCAAAUGCCUUAUUUCUGGGAUCCUUGAGUCGAGCAACAUUUCAAAAUGUGACAAAAUUUUGGAUCGAGGUCAUUAGUCAUGUUUAGUGCUCAGAAAGUUAAUGAAUGCCUGAUUUCGAUAAUAACUACGAAGAAAACAUUGCCACAACAAUAAAAAAAAAAAAAUUCUCUGUCGUACACUGCUCAUUAACUAUUAAUAUAAUCAAUAACGCAACUUCGCAAACCGCGAUCCAUAUUUUUUGCACAGACGACCGGUGCGAUCUUUUCUUUGGCGCGCGAUAGACGUGUUAUCGGUAUAUGUCGAUAUUGAUCGGUAACCCUUCUUCUUCUUGAUACUCCUACACUUUACUCGCCACCCAGGGAUCUUGCUUGACAACGCUUGGUUGUUUACACUCUCUAUCCAUUGAUCCAUAAUAGAUUAGGACAGAGUAUGCAAACUUCUUCGACGCCUUCUUCUUUGACUCCAACUUACUUUCCAGUUGUCCACUGCUCUUCUGUCAUCUUAAAAUAAUUGCUUGAAAGCUCUAAAAUUCCAUUGGAGGAAAAAAAAAAUUUGGUGAAUACUUGUGGAAAAGAUAUACAUUUUCAGGAAAGCUUGACAUUAAGAGGCUGUAGAUAUAAGAGCCCAACACGUGUAAUUACGCCGUAUUUUGACCACUACCAUUAUAAUAGCGAUAUACAGGACAUACAACGAAUUACUCGACUAGAUACUUUCAAUCUACAUACAAUCUGCAUUUCACUGUUGAUCCCGUUGAUAUCACUCAUCGUCCUGUGAGCAGCGCCUACGAUCUUUCGGAAUGGAUGCUAAACUAUACUCAUCAGCACACUAAACAGGAAAAUAUAAAAUACACUAUCUGGAUCACGCUGGAUCUUUUCUUUCACAAGGGCGUCGACUAGGCAGACGAUCACGAUGUUACGUAUCUUUGUGGUCUACAACAAGCUCCGUUACACCUUCGAUACGGAUGCUACCGAUACUAUCGCCACCCUGCGGGAGUCAGUAUGUGACACAUGCCAGAUUGAUACGAGAGGCGGGAAAAACGGAGAGCAGAAAUUCGUGGUUCUGCAAUACCAGGGUGCUGACCUUCAAGAUACUUGGAAGUUAGGUGACAUCGGGAUUGUAGCUGGUUCCACAUUGCGAUGCUUUCUUCGAGAAGAAAUCACACCGAAGUUGUUCGUAUACUGCGUCUACAACGACGAGAAAGUUGAAAUACUCGAAGAAGUCCGGUUCGAUUCAGACUAUGUAGCGGCGCUCCGGUCGAUCAUCUCCCGUCGUAUCGGCCUACCGGUUACCGUCUACCGUAUCCUUGAUCCGAACGGUAGAGAAAUGUACGACGGAAAUCUUCUUUCCAUGUACGAUAUCUCCCUCGGCUGCACAGUGCGGCUGGAGACGUGGGAUGGCUGGAAUGAUUUCCUCAGAGCCGCUUCUAUUGGCCACACCACACACGUGUCCCACAAUCUCUCUCAGGACGAAUCCAUUGCGAAAUUUCAGAUGCGGAUCGCUCUUUUCAUUGCAGCACACUAUGGACAUAUGGAUCUUGCCUCCGCCAUUUUGAAAAUGGGUUACAGAUCGGAUGAGGCUGUGGGUGACCAUCCUACAAAGGAAUGGUGCGCAAGUACACACAUCGAAUCAAAGAAAACAGCGGUGCAUGAGGCUGCCGAGCACGGACAAUUGAGUAUCUUAAGAAUAUUUGUCUACAACAACAUCUGUUGCGUGACUUGUAAAGAUGGCAACGGUCUCACAGCUCUAAAUGUUGCACUCCGGAAACAAAAGCGUGAGGUCGCUCUAUAUCUUCUCACAAAACAAUGGUCAAAUGUGCAAUAUAGCGCCUUGAUAUUGCCCCUUACAAUUUAUUCCAAGGUUCGAAAGUGGUGCGACCGGGCCAAGGACAAAGUUUUAUUGGUGCAUGGUCCAGACAAGUCGAGUAUGAAAUAUAAGAGAACAACGCGGCAGCCAGGGGGUCUUUGUGGGGAAGGGGUUUAUGUUGAUGGAUUGGUCAAAAGCAGCCAAAAUACAAAUCCUAAGCGUGGAUCUGAGAUAAGUAAGACCAAAAAGAAGAAACAAAGAGAACAGAGAAGAUUAACGACGGCAAUGACCAGUUUUACAGGCGCAACGGGUUCUUCGUCACCGGAUCCUAGGCUUCCAAGGAUAUCUGGUGUCAGGACACCUACCCUUGUUGCAACAUACCGUGAAAGACUUCGAAGAAAAAAUGAAGAUGAGGAUGAAUAUGAAGGAGAAAUGUCAAAUGAGGAUAGUAGAUUUGCAGAUCUUCGGGAAAAGCUGAGACCGAGAAGCAAAAGCUUCAACCAUGAAAGGACACUUGCUCUGCCACAGAUCGGUCAGAAGCCUCGACCUCGUAGUUCAUCGCAACAAGAGAAUGGCCUUGCGGACAUUCGAGCAGUAAGUGCCGCUCCCAGUUCAAUAGACAUUGGUACAGAACGAGGAAAGAUGGCGUACAUCCAGACCACUGGGACUGGGAGCAGAAGGUCUCGAAGACCGAAGCAACAACAGGUUUCAGAAUCCAUGCCAGCCAAACCCAUCUUGGUCGAACAUAAACCAUCGAUAGCAAAGAAAGAAUCACGGUUCGACCGAAUGGAAAAGUUUCGAAGACAACGGAAGAAAGCUAGCAAGAUGGAUAGUAGUAUUCCACUCCCACCAGUCAGUAAAAACUCUGUCCAUCGGCCAUUUUUCUUCGCCCAGAACGAGGAUGAUAAUAUCCCUCGACUCACGGUAGAUCUGUACGAUGAAGUAAAUGGGAAGACAACCUGGGAGCGCGCUCUCGAAGCGCUCACCAUCGCGUCGGUGUUCGAAGAAAAACCGUGGUUGCAACGCGUCAGGAUGGCCAUGGUCUUGUCUAGGAAUCACGUACGAAGGAUAAAGAGUCUCCAGCGAUCACCGUCGAGUAACGGUAAUAUAAAAAGUGCUCUGAGCGGUAGGAGUAGCUCGAGAAAGGUGACUGUUACUGAUGAACAUGCGGUCGAUCAUGAAGGCGUAACGUCAAGAGGUGGUGGCCGAGUAGAAAGUAAAGAGCAAACAAUAAUCACUUCUGCUGUGGAUCAUUCUCAAGAAACAUCGCUUGCAACCGAAGUGAACUAAGUUUUUGACUAUGUAUUCAAAUUGAUAUGGUGGAUCAAAAGUCGUAGGCUUAUACGCAUACAGUUUUCCGGGAGGGGCAAGAGUACGGGAAAUGUUCGAAAGCAUAUAACCAGACACAGCUCUUCACAAAGGCAGUCAUUGGGGUGUGGUGCAUUUUAAUCUUUAAAAAAGCAAGGAUUUCGUGCACACAAUAUACUUUUUCGAUAUUUGCAAAGAAAACAAAACUGCCACCAAACGAUUACAGAAACAACAAAAUCAAAAGGGCAAACUCUUAAAUAACUAUGUACAAUUGUCAGAUUGAAGGCAAUAAUCCCCCUCCCCCCGAUUCGGUGCUAUGAUUAAUCGGAAUCAAUGGAAUGCUUAGGCUAUUAAAGGUCACAACCCCCAAAAUUAGCCUGCUCGGCGACCGGGCCUAAUUUCGCCCGGGCACCACUGGUUUUGGGGGAAUCGUUCGGUCGCCGCUCAAGAUUUACGCGGAGUUAAAAUUAUGGCGGCGAGUGAAAAGUGAGCAGGCACCGGUCGCCGCCUCAAAUACACUCGGUGCCCGGGUGGUCGCCGUCCGGGCGCCGACGUAAUCGAGCGGUGGCCGUCGAGUAAUUUAAGUCAGAAAUUGAACUCGUUGGAUCAAAUGUUGUCGAGCGGUCAACGACUGGGUGGCAGGCCAAUUGCAUCUCCCUUUGAAAUUCCUACCUAUGAAUUAAUUUAUAGGAUUAUUUCUUUCUUUCUCAUGUAUAAUAUCAAGCAUAAAGAAAUUGUCCAUUCUUGAAAAUGCUAAACUUUCGAUAUUUCACAAAAAAUGCCAAGCCAACUCUUGCAUUUUUCUAAUUCUGACAAAGUUCGUUUGAAAUUCAGUUGAAUAUAGAGUUCAUCAGGAAUUCGCAUAACGGUUGCUCUAGGUUGAUUUUAGCCUUUUUCUUAAAUCAAUUUGAUGUUAGGGUGACUUUUAUAAAGUCAUUUUAAUCAUGUAGAACUGUUUUCUAAUAUUGUAUAAUGCCAAAUGUAUAUAAACAUAAUUUGAUAUCUUUAAUUAUAUCUAAUGCGAUGAUGAAUUGGAGACCAUUUUAUAUUCACCUUAUUUAUUUGAAAUAAUAUCAUGUGAAUUGAUAUGAUCAAUAUAA